GCGCAGACGAACUGUGGUCAUACCGUGUGCAGACGGCGCGGGAUGCCGCAUGGGGUUUCAAUGGAUCUCCUAACCUCGUCAUCGUAGCGAUUUUACUAAAUACGGAAUAAGAGUUCAUUCUGUUUCGUGCACCGGAGGACAGAAUACAUUAAAGACGCCUGAGUAUUCUCAAACCUAACUGGAGAUCUCACACUAAAGAGACGUGAUUUUGUCGGCACUAAUCAAGACUGGAUUGUAAGUGAUUUAAUCAGCUCAGAUGGAACAGAAAAGCAACAUCCAAAAUGAAGCAAGCAAGAAGAAGCAUAAAUGUAGUUACCCUGACUGCCAUGCCGUGUUUUUACGACCUUCCAGAUUGGAGAGGCACAUAAGAUUACAUACUGGAGAGAGACCGUACAAAUGUAGCCAUCCAGAGUGUACAAAGUCAUACACGAAUUCAUCUCAUUUAAAGAGGCACUUGGAAACGCACAAUCGCACCAAGAAAGUAUACAAGUGUACGAAGUGUCUAGUAUCAAUCGGCCAGUUUCACAAUCUGAAACGUCAUUACAAGCGGAUGCACGGCGAGGAGAAUAGGCUCGUAUGUGAGGAGUGCGACAAGACUUUCAACAAGAGGUGUCAGUUUGCCGACCAUCGAGCUGCGCACUCAGCCACGCCCACGAUCUACAAGUGUGAUAAGUGUAGCAGAAGUUAUCAGAAUUACAGUAGGUUUAAGCGGCAUCGACAGAGUCACAAGAGUUACCCUUGUCCGAAUGGAUGCUCGGAGAUAUUCGAUACGUUGCUGCUUCUGCACGCGCACAUAAAAACAAAACAUGUAACACAUUACAAAUGCGACACUUGCGACAAAGUAUUUCUUAAUAAAUCCAGAAUAAGGGAACACUGCAAGAUACACCUUGAGAAGAGAUUGGUUCUGCCGUGCCCGUACGACGACUGCCUUAGAGUUUACUUCUUCAAAUCUAACUUGGACGAGCACGUGAGGAUUAUGCAUCACGGAAAGAGAUUUUAUUGCAACCUGUGCUCCAUGGGGCUUACGUCGAAGCAAAGGUUGCUAGAGCAUAUUCAGCGUCAUUAUAAAGUCAAGGAGGAAAGCAAAGUCAAGGCACCACGGAAAAAGCGGAAGGAUAUUGGUGUACCAAAGAAAAGCGUGAUAACUGCCUUAAUUGGCGUGGAUAUGCCAUAUGAUUUGGAAAAGAUGAUACUGAACCGAGAAACCACGAUGAACAAUACAGCAAAAGACUUGGAAAUCUUGAUAAAUUGACAAUAUAGAUGUAUCUCUAGAUUCAUUUUGUGAUAUAAUUAAGUUGAUUGUAACAUUUUUAUAGUUGAACGUAAGCUAAAGUGGUGUUUAGCUCUAAGACUGCUAACAGAUACAACUAUUAAAACGCAAAUUCGUUAUGAGAAGAGAA